UUGCAACUGAUUGACUGCUUACAAACAUUGAAGAGAACUCAUGAGGCUGAAUCUGUUAUGCAAAGUGCCAUGGAACAGUGGCGUGGUAAACCCGAAGAAGAAAAGCUGAUUCUGCUUAAUGCACAGCUACAAGUAUCAAAAGGAGAUCCUGAUGGGGCGUUAGCUAUUUUGAGCAAAGUUUCACCGGACCAGCCGAACUAUCAAAAUGCCCGAAUAAAGAUGGCUGAGAUAUACUUGGAAGAGAAGAAAGACAAACGAAUGUUCACCCUUUGUUAUAGAGAACUGAUGAAUUCUUCUCAAACGCCGAGCAAUUUGACUCUAUUAGGUGAUGCAUACAUGAGUAUACAAGAGCCCGAUAAAGCCAUUGAAGUUUAUGAAAAAGCAUUGAAACUAUCUGGUUCAAGAGAUAUAGCUUUAACAGAAAAAAUUGGAGAGGCUUAUGUUAAUUGCCAUUUGUUCUCUAAAGCUGUAAAUUUCUACGAAUCUGCGAUGAAUUCCAAUAAGGAUAGCAAAAUGAGAUUGAAGUUGGCCGGUUUACUAUUGAAGCUUGGAAAUUCUGAAAAGUGUGAACGCAUACUAAGACAACCUCUCAAUGAUGACCCCGCCCCCAUAGACUCUCUGGUUAUUUCCGCACAUGUACAGUAUCUACAACUUCUUUCAAAACUUCAUCUAGAAAAUGGAAAGAUUACCGAAUCUCUAGAAGAUUUACACAAUGCCAAACAGUUGCAAUUGAAACUCAUUCAAAAAAAUGUUUCUGAUUCUCCUGCCAACACUCAAGCCAAGAAAGAAGUUGCCAAAAUUGAUUGUAUGAUGGCAGAGUUGCGGAUGACGAGGCGAGAAAUGAAGGAAGCUCUUGAACUGUACAAUGAUGCUUUAAGUUAUGAGCCAACAAAUCUCAAAGCUGUUCUAGCAAUGGCAAACAUUCAUUUGAUUUGCAACCGUUUGAACAAAUGCCAAGAAUCGUGUAAGCAAGCUUUGGUUAUGGACCGACAUAAUGAGCAGGCCAUUCUGAUGAUGGCAGACUUGAUGUACCUUCAAAAUGAUGUAGACGGAGCCAUGGUACAUUUUGUUAACUUACUCGACAAAUUUCCAAAUCAUUAUCAUGCGUUGGCUCGAUAUAUUGAAUUAGCUUGGAGAAAUGGGCAUGUCGAACAGGUGGAGAAGCAGCUGAAUCGUGCCUUGGAGCAUAAUCCUCGAGCCAUAGUAGAUUCUGGUUAUAAUUAUUGCAAAGCAUUACAUCAAUGGUACUCUGGUGAAACGAACUCUGCCCUUCAAUCGUUCAAUCGAGCACGAAAAGAUAGUGAAUGGGGCGAAAAAUCAAUUUGCAAUAUGAUCGAAAUCUGUUUGAACCCGGACAAUGAAGUAUUAGGAGGAGAAAGUAUAGAUUUUGAGGAUGGAGAUCCAGCAGAUCGUGAGAUAGGCGUGAAAACAGCUGAACGUUUUCUGAAUGAAUUACGAUUGAAGGGCCAAAAUAGUGAAAAUAGAUACCAACUGAUGGAAAACUUCAUAAUGGUUUCAAGCCGCGAUAAAAACAAAGUCCAACAAGCUGUUCAAAAUCUUUUAUUAAUGAUUGGACCAGAUUCGGAUGAUUCCAUUCGCAAAAACAAAAAUAACAAUCCGGAUAUUGAUGGUAACAAGGAUACUCCGGUGUUAUCUGUUGGUGCUGUACUGGGUGUCGCUCGAGCAUAUAUGCUUCAGAAGAAUGUGCAAAAAGCGAAACAGAUAUUGAAGAGAAUCGUUAAUCACCCAUGGUCUUUGGAAGAUGCUGAUUAUCUUGAAAAGUGUUGGCUUCUCCUAGCCGAUAUUUAUAUUAUGCAAAACAAGCCAGAACAAACAUCUAAUAUCUUGAAAACAGUACUGUCCAAAAACAAAUGCAGCCUCAAAGCCUAUGAAUUGCUUGGAUACUUGAAUGAGAAAGAGGGAAAGUUUGUGGAAUCUGCUGAAUGCUAUGAGACGGCUUGGAAGUUAAGCUCAAAGAAUAAUCCAAUUGUUGGAUAUAAGUUAGCUUAUAACUUUCUGAAAUGUCGACGUUUAUUCGAUUGCUUAGAAGUUUGUCGUCACGUUCUGGAUAAGUACCCUUCGUACCCUCGGAUAAAAAAAGAAAUUAUGGAGAAAGCGAGGAUGCAAUUACGAUCAUGA